AUGGCACCAACCUCGGCCAUAAUUGGCAUUCCAGCACUCAUUAUGCUGUUGGCACAUUACAAAUCGUUGCCCUUGGCGUACACAGCCAGGUCAGGGUUGUUAUUACGGUCUUUGGUCAAACAAGCCAAGGCAAAGAACCUUGAACCCGAACCAUUAUUCGGUAUCGUAUCCCAGGAUCAUAAGGUUUUAUUUGACGACAUAGACUAUAACCAACAUAUGAACAACGGCAUGUACAACAAGGUUCUUGAUUUUGGUCGAAUCCACUUACUAUAUACCAUCCUUCCUCGCGUGAUGAUGGAGCCUGAUCACAACAUCUUUUGCCACAAUGCGGGUGUGGUGACCUUGUUUCGGAAAGAGAUCAAACCCCUCAGCAAGUAUACCGUGCAAACUCGUAUAUGGACAUGGAAUCAAAAAUGGUUUUGGCUUCAACAUCGUUUCAUCUUACCCGAUGGUACUGUGGCGUGCUUGUGCGUAAGCAAACUUGUCUUUAAAAAGACUUCCGGCAAAACAAUCCCACCUGCCGAGAUCUUCAAGUUGUGUGGACAUGAUUUAAGUGAUCCUUCAAUCGAGGAACGUCGUCAAAAGAACUGGGAACUUGCUGAAGGACUGAUCAAGCUGGAUGCUUUGACCAACGACACCUACUCAUGGAACUCACAGCAAAUCCUUCCACAUGCAAAGUUAUAG